AAGCGUGGAUGCGGAUUGGUCAGAUAUCCUGUCCGUUGUGAGGCGAACAGAAGCUUUAGUACGCUGUCGAUUCUGCCGAGAUUUUGCGGUUAUAGCGUGAAUGUUUUGGUGAUUUAAGCUUUGUUAAAACUGUGUUAAUCCUACAGGCGAUGGAGAAAUGUGUGAAAUCUAGGUUAUGACUGAAAACAAGGGUUUAAAAUGGGUUCGACCAGCUCCACCCUCUCCAAAAUCCCCAACGCGGACGAGUUAAUUCAAGAAACGGGCUUCACUUCUGCUCACCUCGCUCGGUUAUUUGAACGGUUUGAGGCUCUGGAUAAAGACAAGAAAGGUUAUCUAAGUCCCCAAGAUUUUGAAGCCAUAAAGGAAUUGGCCUUGAAUCCUAUCUGUGACAGAAUAAUUGGAGCCUUCUUCUCCUCAGGCCAAGAGAUGCUGGAUUUUUCAUCCUUUGUGAGGAUACUGGCGCAUUUUCGUCCUAUUGACAAUAACAGGACCAAAGAGCCCAACUCACCAGACCCUAUUAACAGCAGGAUCAACAAGCUUAAAUUUGCUUUUCAGUUAUAUGACCAGGACAAGGAUGGCAAGAUUUCCAGAAAUGAGCUUUUACAGGUUCUCCGAGCCAUGCUGGAGAAACAGGUCACUGAGGAACAACUGGAGAGCAUAGCAGACCGAACUAUUCAAGAAGCAGACCUGGACAGAGAUGAUGCCAUAUCUUUUGAAGAGUUCCGAAAGUCACUGGAAAAGGUCAACAUCGACCACAAGAUGAGUAUCCGUUUUCUGCGCUAGAGAAUCCUGAGCCCUGAAGAAGCAACAGCAAGUUAAGAGUCUUAGUAUUUUAGACACACUCAGAGUCUUCAGAGGUAUUCAUUAUUUUCCAAUACUGCAGUGCCUCCUACUCCUAUCACUGUUUAAUACUUCCAUGCUUAUUGUGCAAUGACAAAACAAUGCUUUAUAUCAUGAUAUUUACUGGAAUGCAGUUAUUAAUAAUGCCUGUUACAGCUUGGAGCAUUAUGUAUAGUGUGUAAUGUACCUACAUGAAGGUUUUUAAGGUGUUUAACAUUGGACAGUUUUGAUACCUGACUGUGAUUUUGAAUUUGCCUUGGUUUACUGUGAUUUUGCUUGAAUUUUCCAUUUUAAGACUGGACUAGUUGUAAUGUCACUUAAAGUGUUGUUCUGGGGAAUACACUCAAACCUAUAUUACCUUACCUGCAGGUGUCCUACUUGUAUAUACAUAAAAGCAGGCAGAGAUAAACUAAAAGGAAAUUGAAAAAUAUGGAUUAAGUUUCUUUCGCUCCAAUCUGAUCAGAGUAUUUUAAUGCUGACUAUUGGCCCUAUACCAAUCCAAUCUUUGUGUUAGUAAAAAUAAUGUGCUGUUAAUUAACACUAGUAAAUACUAAUAAAAACUUUCUUUUUAGUGAGCAGUGUAUAUAUUGAGACAUUGUAAACUGAUUUAUUUUGUUUGGUAGUAACAUUUUUUAAAGAUUCUUGUACACUUUAUACAAUGAUUAAUAUCUUACAAUUAAGUCUGACUGACCUGCCUGACCAUUCAGCACUAAUUUCCUUUAAAAUGCUGCAGUAAAAUCACUCUUUUGUAGCGGAACACGCUGGAAGUGACUACUGUGAAAUAAGUAUUUUAUAAAGUGGUGAAUGGGCUUCUUUUGAUUUUCUAUAGCAUGUGGUAUGGUGUGUGUGGUUUAGAACAAACACAAAAGAGCACAGUUCUCUUGGUAGAACAGAACAUAUACAUUUUAGCAUAAUUUAAGAGUAAAGACAAGCUGGGAGCAUAUAUCUCCCUUAAUGAAUAUAACAGUAAAAGCACAAGAACAUUACAUUUUUGUGUUCCACUGUAAAACAGACUCUAAAGUGUUUUAUCUUCUGCCGCAGCUAAGAAUUAUGUCUAUUAAUGAAGCCAAAGGGCUCUCUACUACAGCGAGACGAGAAGGAUUGUUAUUUAAAAAGUCGAUUGUGAUUUUGGGGCAUCCUUAAUCACAAUCACAGUAUUGAAAGCACAGAUGAAGAAAUUUGAUGAAAAUAGGAAAAUUCCAAAACAUAAAAUAUUAUGACGGAAAAAAUCUGCUGACAUUUAACUGCUAAUAAAAUAGGUAAAAGGACAAAAGUGACUAAAUUACUUAAAACCAGAGGUGAGUUAUUUAGAUUCUCAUCAAUAGUAGCUGCUGCUAUGAUGGUCGUUAGAAUGAAUUAGAAAUCAGUUGACACUACAUAUGGCUAUUUAACCAAUGGAAGAGAUGCAACCUCACAAAUAAUGUUUACCUUUUUCAUUUUUGUAAAGCAAAAAAUCUACAAUGACACAAUUUUGUCAUGAACAUUGUUUUGAGUAUUUCCUAUGUAUGCACUCUGUAAUGUUGAGGAUUCCUGCAAUGUUUAAGUAAUAAUCUACCUCAGAAAUCCUGAAGAGAUCUUGUGGAUAAAACAAUUAACACAAAAAUGCAAGUCACUCUUAAGUUUAAAAGCAUGUUUUCUUUCUUUUUGUUUUUGGAAAUGCAGCCUUUGCUUUUGUAUUAAUGCCAAUGUUGAAUCAAAUAAAAUAUAUAUAUAUGCUUUC